UAUGGACCAUCAUUCUCGUCACCCACAGUUAUAAUGAAGAUCUGCUCGAGUCUGUUGGUGAUCAGCGCCGCGGCGCUUAUUGCGAUUGCCGUCGCGACGCCUGUACAGGAUCAGCUGGAAUAUGCGGGACUUUGGGACGACGACAUGCACGACGAACUUCUCGUUAGAGUUUCACGAGGUGCCAAGGAUCGCGUUUCCGCCGGUACAGCGUCCUGCAGGUACGAGAAGAGCGACUGGUCGGCUUGCGAUGUUAAGACGAACACGCGGAGCCGGACUUUAACCCUGAAAAAGGGCGACCCAAAGACGUGCGACAAGAUCAAGAAACUCGACAAGAAAUGCAAGAAAGGCGUGGCGCUGAGCACAGAGUGUCGCUACGAAAAGGGAACAUGGAGCGAAUGCGUCGAUCAGCAGAUGAACCGGAUAGACAAUCUGAAACCGGACAGCGAUCGUUCCUGCGAAAAAACGCGACGUCGUACAAAGAGAUGCAAGCCGGAAACCAACGCGAAGAAAACUCCGAAAAGCGAUCGGUCAAACAAGAAAUCUGGUAAACAGUAAAUUAUCACCGCUACAUAAAAAUCAUCAGCACUCAUCGAUUAUAAUAAUUGUAUAAUAUCGCGUAUGUGUAUACAGCGCCGCAUAUCAUCCGAUUAUACGGCGAUUAUAUAAAGAAAUUCUUAAGUUUCGGGGUAGAAAAUAAAUCACCCUACUUCGUUUUAUCAUGACUCAUUUCCUUGUGUGUUUUUUUUUUUUUUUUUUUUUUUUGUUUUUAAAUUCUUAUUGAUUUUUCUUUACACCCUUUUUUUUAACCAUCAAC